AUGGUACCCGUCAGAUCAUGCGCGCCCCUUGGUGGUACCCAUCUUCCCUCCGUGGUACCCAUCUUCCCUGCGUGGUACCCAUCAACUGUGCGCGAAUUCCCUGACUGGUACCGCAACAUUUCAACCGAGCUGUACACCGUACAACAAGGGUGUCCCUUCCUUCGGGAGACAGUGGGGGCGGAGGGGAAGGAGAGGAUGUGGGAUGCAUGUCACACUGAGCCAGCGCUUGCUCUGUCUUGCUGCUUCCUUCUUCCCCUCCCAUGCACGCCCGUGCAUUCUCUCCCAUCCAUGCGCCACACCCUCCCCCUCGCCUCCCCUUGUCUCAUUUCUCUGUGCCGCCAUUGCCUGCACCCCCUCGCCCUCCCUCCUUCCCUUUCCCUCUAUUGCCUCGUACAUGCGCGCAAGGCAUGCGCGCAAGGCAUGUUCGCAAGGCAUGCGCGCAAGGCAUGUGCGAAAGGCAUGCGCGCAAGGCAUGCGCGCAAGGCAUGUGUGCAGGGCAUGUGUGCAGAGCAUGUGUGCAGGGCAUGUGCGCAGGGCAUGUGUGCAGGGCAUGUGUGCAGGGCGUGUGUGCAGGGCAUGUGUGCAGGGCAUGUGUGCAGGGCAUGUGUGCAGAGCAUGUGUGCAGGGCAUGUGUGCAGGGCGUGUGAAGAGCAGCAAGGGCGAGGGACGAGGCAGGCAAGAGUGGUGGGGUCGUCCUGGGCGCUCGUCUCCUCCGCCGUCGGCCCCACUGCGCCCAUCCCUCAUCCCAUCUGCUCUGCUGUGCUGCUCUGCUCUCCGCUGCGCACCGCCGCCCCUCUCACGCCUACCGCCGCCCCUCUCACGCGUACCGCCGCCCCUCUCACGCGUGUCACUUGGGGCGAGGGGAGUGCGGGCCACAGGGCAGCAGAGGGGCGUUGA